AUGGACGACAUCCACGAGCUGGGCAAUCUGCCACCCCCAGACAGGCUCUCAAUAAGUCCUGCUACACACGAAGAUCCCAACCGGAUCUCCACGGACAUACCACAACACGACAACACAAUCGAAUCCCAACCAACAAGCCCCCAAACAUGGCGCUUCUGGGCCAUCAUCACAGCCCUCGCCAUCACAGGCCUCAUGUCCGCCAUCGAAGGAACAAUCAUCACGUCCGCCCUCCCCAGCAUAACCAACGCCCUCGGCGGCGGCGACGCCUACAUCUGGGUCCCCAACGCCUACCUCCUCGCGCAAGUCGCCAUCCUCCCGCUCGCCGGCCAGGCAAGCAACAUCUUUGGCCGCCGGCAUCUCCUCCUCGGCUCUGUCGCCCUCUUCACGCUCGGGGGCGGGCUCAGCGGCGCCGCGUCCUCAAUGGGCAUGCUCAUCGCCGCCCGCACCAUUCAGGGGCUCGGCGGCGGAGGCAUCAACCUCCUGAUGGAGACCAUCGUGACCGACAUUGUUCCGCUGAGGGAGCGCGGGCAGUACAUGGCCAUUGUGGGCAUCGGCGCCGUCGUGGGAGCCACGCUGGGCCCGUUCCUGGGUGGCCUCAUCACUGAUCAUGCAUCCUGGCGGUGGUGUUUCUACAUUAACGUGCCCAUUGGCAUUGCCUCCUUCGGGAUCCUCUUCAUCUUCCUCCGCGUCAAGUAUGACCGCAACCUGACCUGGUCCACACGCCUCCGACGCAUCGACAUCUCCGGCAACGCCAUCUUCGUCGCCGCCAUCGUGUCCGCCCUGAUGGCACUCACCUGGGGCGGCACCAUCUACAGCUGGAGCACCUACCACAUCUGGACGCCGCGCCUCUGCCCAGAGCCCUCCUUCCCGCGCCAAGUCGUCUCGAACCGCACCUCGGCCGCCGCCCUCGCCCUGACCUUCAUCCACGCCAUCGUCGCCUACUGGGUCUACUACUUCCUCCCCAUCUACUUCCAGGCAGUCAGGGGCCUCUCGCCCCUGCGCUCGGGAAUCUACACGCUCCCCAACGUCGCCGGCGGCCUCGUCUUCGCCGUCCUCGGAGGCGUCCUGCUCUCCAAGUCCGGCCGCUACAAGCCCCUCCACCUCGCCGGCUUCGCCGUCACAACCGUCUCCUUCGGCCUCUUCAGCCUCCUCGACGCCCGCUCCAGCGACGCCGCCUGGGUCUGCAUCCAGCUUCUCAACGCCCUCGGCAGCGGCAUGCUCAGCGGCGUGCUCCUGCCCGCCGUCCAGGCGCCCCUCGACGAGAGCUACGUCGCCACGGCCACGGGCGUCUGGAGCUUCGCUCGCUACUUUGGCUGCAUCUGGGGCGUCACCAUCCCGAGCGCCGUCUUCAACAACGAGUGCCGCCGCCUCGCCAGCACCACGAUUACAGACGCGGGGAUUGCUGGUGAUUUGGCGGGAGACAGUGCGUAUCAGCAUGCCACGGGGGCCUUUCUGCACAGCAUCCAAGACCCGGCACUUCGCGCAGAGGUGGUUCAAGUCUUUACGGGAGCGAUGCGGACGGUUUGGCUUGUUGGGAUCGCAUUUGCUGCGUUGGGAUUCCUGGUGAGUUUCAUAGCCAAGGAGAUAGAGCUCCGGAAAGAAUUGAACAAUGACUUUGGGGUCGAGGACAAGAAGGAUGCCGUCAUCUCGCCAGCAACAGAGAUGCAGGCUGUACCAUCUAGUUCAGUGUAG